CUAUCGAUAAGCCACCAAUAAGCGCCUCGUUUCACAUGUGAAGGGCCCAAUUUCACUGGCCAGUAUUAAAUUAUCUGUUAAAUCCUAUUAAAUCAGACUGACCAAAUGGCGGACACCAAGGAGACGAUUGUGGAGGGCGUGGAGGCACUGACGCUGAACGGAAAACCGGACGCGGAGCCCGUGGAAACGGGCACGGAUGCCCAGGCGCAGGAGGGAGCCACUGCACCCGCCGAAGACGACGUCGUGGAUCCAUGGAAUGUGGCCAGCACAAAUGACGCGGGCGUCGACUACGAUAAGCUCAUAAAACGUUUUGGCUCCAGCAAAAUCGAUGAGGAGCUUAUCGCACGCUUCGAGAAAAUCACGGGGAAGCCGGCCCACCACUUCAUCAAACGCGGCAUGUUCUUCUCCCAUCGGGAUCUGCAUACGAUUCUCACUCUGCGGGAACAGGGCAAGCCUUUCUACUUGUACACUGGACGGGGUCCUAGCUCCGGAUCCCUGCACGUGGGUCACCUAGUGCCCUUCAUCAUGACCAAGUGGCUGCAGGAGACCUUCGAUGUGCCGCUGGUCAUCCAGCUGACCGAUGACGAGAAGACCCUAUGGAAAGACCUGAAAGUGGAGGAUGCCAUUAAGCUGGCGCGAGAGAAUGCCAAGGAUAUUGUGGCCAUGGGAUUCGAUGUCAAUAAGACGUUCAUUUUCAACAACCUGGAAUUCGUAGGAAAGUGUCCUGCCAUGUACCAGAACAUCAUUCGCAUCCAGAAGUGCGUUACUUUCAACCAAGUGAAGGGCAUCUUUGGAUUUGGUGAUUCAGACAUCAUUGGCAAGAUUGGCUUUCCGGCUGCCCAAGCUGCACCAGCUAUCUCCAGCACCUUCCCCUUUAUCUUCGGCAACAAAAAGGUGCAUUGCCUUAUUCCGUGCGCCAUCGAUCAGGAUCCAUAUUUCCGCAUGACCCGCGAUGUGGCCCCACGUCUGGGAUUCCCCAAGUGCGCGCUUAUCCACUCCACCUUCUUCCCAGCGCUGCAGGGCGCCAAAACGAAGAUGUCAGCUAGUGACCAGAACUCGGCGGUUUUCCUCACGGAUACGCCUAAGCAAAUUAAGAACAAGAUCAACAAGUACGCCUUCUCCGGUGGACGGGUCACUGUGGAGGAGCACCGCAAGCUGGGCGGCGUGCCAGAAGUUGAUGUUUCCUACCAGUUGCUUAAGUUUUUCCUGGAGGAUGAUGCCAUGGAGGAGGUGCGAUUGGCUUACAAAAAGGGAGAGAUGCUCACGGGCGAGAUUAAGAAGCUGGCUGUUGAGACCCUCACACCCAUUGUCGAGCAGCACCAGGCAGCCCGCAAGCUGAUCACGGACGAAGUACUGGACAAGUACUUUGAACUGCGACCCCUGCAGUUCGGCAGUUAGAACUCCAGCCGAGUUGAAGUACCUGCAUUUGCUUGACAUCGAUUCAUACUACAGUUUAUACGAAAUUAGCUUAAAUCGAACUAAGCGAGAUUAGUUCAGCACCGAACCGACUAGGCACUCCUAUGUAAAUAGCUAUAAUGAAUUGAUCUAUGCCUGGGCUCUGAGCCUAAGUGGCGCCCACUUAAUGCAUCGUUGUACUCGCUAUUUAUUUUAUUUUUUACGCACUCUGUUUAUUUUUAUAAAGCAGAAAACAAUAAACGCCUUCGACUUGCAAUUGCCACCGCAGUGACCCACA